AUGCUCCCGCGCCGCGCCGCCUCGCCGCUCCUCCGCCGGUGCUUCUCGACGCAGCAGAAGGCGACGACGCACUUUGGCUUCCAGCAGGUCGACGAGCAGGACAAGAAGCCGAUGGUUGCUGGCGUCUUCCACAGCGUCGCCGACAGCUACGACAUGAUGAACGACGCCAUGAGCGGUGGCAUGCACCGCCUCUGGAAGGACGAGUUUGUCAACAUGCUCGGCCCGCUUCCGCACAAGACGGGCGAGCCGCUGCGCAUCCUCGACGUGGCCGGUGGCACGGGCGACAUUGCAUUCCGCAUGGCGGAGCGCUUGACCAAGGGCGGUCUGCCAUCGACCGCGACGCCCGAAGAGAUGGCGUCGGGCCGCACGGACAUUGUGGUCUGUGACAUCAACCCGUCCAUGCUCCGCGUCGGCGAAGAGCGAGCGACUGCGCGUGGCAUUGGCCUGCCGGGCGCGCGUCCGUCUUUCUCGUGGGUCCAAGGCGACGCCGAGCAGCUCCAGUUCGAGUCCGACUCGUUCGACGUCUACACAAUCGCGUUUGGCAUCCGCAACGUCACGCACGUCGACAAAGCACUCGCGGAAGCCCACCGCGUCUUGCGCAAGGGCGGUCGCUUCAUGUGCCUCGAAUUUAGCCAAGUACGCAACCCGCUCUUGCGCGCGUUUUAUGACCAAUACUCCUUCAACAUGAUCCCGGCCAUGGGCGAGCUCCUUGCCAAGGACCGUGCGUCGUACCAGUAUUUGGUCGAAUCGAUUCGCCAAUUUCCCGUGCAGGACGAUUUCAAGACGAUGAUCGAGACCGCGGGCUUCUCCAAGGUGUCGUACACCAACUUUAUGGACGGUGUCGUCGCCGUGCACUCGGGAUUCAAGCUCUAAUCGGUCCGACUCCAACCGACUUCUACAAAGUACAGAACGUUU